UACGAUUUAGGAAAUAAAAGAACACACGAGAUUCACAUGAGAAAAAAAAACGAAAGUAGUCAUAGCCUGAGUCCCCAAUCGCUGCAAGGAGCUACGUUCUAGGUUUUUUCUUCUCUGAUCAUCUCCUUCCCAGCUUCAGCUGAUUUGACGCUCCUGCUGCGUAGAUAGGGGUCUCGAUUUCAUCUAGAUACGAAUGUUUCGAUGAUUUGGAACUGGAGUGAUUUAUUUUGAUUUAAAGAUGAGUGAAGCCCUUUCGUUAUCUGAUGGAUCUGCUGCAUAUUGUGUUUGUUAUGAAUCUUUGUUGCUUCGGCGGUUCUACUUGCUUGCACUGUUCUUUCAAUGGUUUCGUUCCUAAGAUGACAGUCAAGGCUGCUGAGGAUAUUCUAAACAUCUGUUAAGCUGUUCGGAGUUACUUCAAAAAAUGGAUGAUGAUAAUGGGCUAGAGCUCAGCUUGGGUCUCUCUUGUGGAGGAUCAGCUAAGGGUAACGCUGGAAGCUCCUCGGAGAAGCACAUAGUACAAGGAGGAGAUAGGAGUGCUAAAGUGAUUGAUGACUUCAAGAACUUCCUUCAUCCAACUUCUCAGAGACCACCUGAGCCGAGUUCUGGUUCUCAGAGAAGCGAUUCUGGUCAACAACGACCUCCACAGAAUUUCUUCAAUGACCUCUCCAAAGCUCCUACAGCUGACGCUGAAGCUUCCACGAAACCUUUGUGGGUGGAGGAUGAUACAACACGACAAGAAGCAGGAAACAAAAGAAAGUUUGGGUUCCCUGGGAUGAACGAUGAAAAGAAGAAAGAGAAAGACUUGUCAGCUGAUCCGCACGAGAAGAAGACAAAAGCAUCCCAUGUUUCAAACGCUACUGAUGAAGGAUCAACAGCUGAAAACGAAGAUGUAGCAGAAUCUGUAGUAGGUGGUGGUGGUUCUUCCUCCAACCUCGCUAAGGAGGUGGCUCGUCCUACCGCUGAUGCAAACGUUGUGGACAACUUAGCCGGUCAAAGGAAGAACAGCCAUGUUGGGUCAGGUGCUGAAGAGUUUACUACAGUCCGCAACAUGAGUUACACCAAACCGUUCACUGGUUUAUCUUACUCUUUUCCAGCAAAAGAGUCUGGACAACAUGCAGCAGGUACAAGUCUAACACAGCCUACUGCUAAUGCUGGGAAUAAUCUCCCUGUUAUGUUCGGAUACUCACCGGUUCAGCUUCCUAUGCUGGAUAAGGAUGGUUCAGGCGGCAUUGUUGCCCUUUCUCAGUCUCCAUUCGCCGGAAGAGUCCCAUCAAACUCGGAAGCUACCGCGAAAUGUGAGGGAAAACAGCCUGUUGCAGAAGAAGGCUCAUCAGAGGAUGCAUCAGAACAACCACCAGGAGACAACAACAACAACAACAACAUCAGUAAUGCUUUCUCUUUUGACUUCUCUGCCAUAAAACCUGGAAUGGCAGCAGAUGUGAAGUUUGGAGGAUCUGGUGCACGUCCUAACCUGCCCUGGGUCUCAACCACUGGCUCAGGCCCACACGGUCGAACAAUCUCGGGUGUUACAUACCGGUACAAUGCAAACCAGAUCAAAAUCGUAUGUGCUUGUCACGGCUCACACAUGUCGCCGGAGGAGUUUGUCAGGCAUGCAAGCGAGGAGUAUGUUAGCCCGGAGUCAUCUGUAGGAAUGACUGCUGCCUCGGCUCAUACCUGAAAGUCGCCGGAGAAGUCAAAAGUGUCUUAUAUCUUUGUAAACAAAUGGAAGAAGAGGGGUUUCUUUUCGGAAGAUAUACUCUAAGGCCAAAGUUUUAUUGGAGCUUUCCACUAUGUUACUGUAAUCUCUCUGUUUCUUUUGUUCCUCAUUUCAGCUUUCAUCACUUUUGUGUAUUACCAUUUAGUUUUGUAAGAUUCUUCUCUUUGUUUUUGGGUUCAAAUAAAUAUUCUGAGAAUUUACUUU